AUGAUUGCUUCCGCUCUGACCCUCGCCUUGAUCCAGGCCGUGGCCGCAUCUCCUCUGAGCUGCCCUGCUCCCAGCAAGCCUGCCUGCGCAUCGCCCCAGGGCAACCUGACCGUUCGCUCGGCCGGCCUAUACCCCGAGCAGGCCGACUUUGAUCCCAAGCGUUGUGUCACUUACAUUGGUAACCUCUACAAGAGCACCGUUUCCGUGUACGACGCCGUCGAGAACCGCGUCACCAACAUCAUCACCCUCCCCGGCAUCUCCAACGUGCCCGCCUUCCACGUCUCGGGCGUGCAGGUCGACGCGCGCCACGACAAGCUGACCAUCAGCGCCAACGCCGGCGCGGCCUUUGACACGUCGGGCGACGACAUCUCCGGCACCAACAUGAUUGUGCAGUACGACCUCGCCACGGGCCAGGUCGAGUGGCAGCAGAACCUGACGGCCGUCUCCAAGGGCCUCUUUGGUGGCUUCCAGGACAUUGAGCACGACGCGGCCGGCAACAGCUUCGUCAUCGGCACCUUCCCCAGCAGCAUCGUCAAGAUCAGCGCCGACGGCAAGACGGCCGAGCCCUGGUUCGUCGAGCGCGGCGCCAACCAGACGGUGCACGGCUUCACGGGCAUCGCGGCCUUCAACGACGGCGCCAGCGUGCUAGUCAGCGACGGCCAGCGCGGCCAGCUCCUGCGCUUCGACACGGCCGCCGACAAGGGCGAGCCCGUCCGCGUGCCCCUCCAGGACGGCGCGGAGCCCAUCGGCGGCGACCUCGACGGCGCCUACCUGCCCGCUCUCUACAAGGACACGGUGCUCCUCGUGUCCGACAACGCCCUGGGCACCGUUGUCCUCCGGUCGCAGGACGAGUGGCAGACGGCCGAGAGAGUCGGCGUCGUCGCCAAGGAUCCUGGCUUCCCCGACGGCUUCGCCACGGCGACGGUGCAGAUUGCGGACAGAAUCUAUGGUGUCACCGAGUUUUUCAGCGACAACGCUCCCCCUAGAUCGCUCAACAGAACCGAGUUUCCUCUGUAUGACAUCACUGAUGCUGUCAACGAGCUGCUUGUCUAA